AUGUUCAAAGACCCAUCGUGCAAGUGCCAGUGGAUGGCCAUCGUGCAGCCAUGCUGGCCGGGGUUCGGCUUCAACAACUGCCCUACAUUUUUCAACGGCACCACCAAGGAGGCGCCGCCGUUCAUCAAGGCGACCAAGAUCUGCUGCCCAAAGCACGACCUAGAAGGCAUGUACGACCGCAACCUGAUCCGUAUGGUGGUCAAGGUGGAGAAUGGGCUGCGCUGGGGCAUGGGACCAGACGAGAGGGAUCCUGGGGUCGAUAUCAAAUGCGCCGUCAUGUAG